GAAUUAAAAGAAAUAAUACUUCUUUUUGUAAGUAUGUAAAAGUGACCCUUGUAUCACCACAACUGUGGCGCUCUUUUUUACGUAGUAUGGAAACUUCUUUUUGCUUAUAGUAGUAAUGUAUUCAUUCUUUUUACUUAACAAACUAUCCCCCAGCCACUAUUCAUAUCAAAACUUUGAUUUCUCUCUAGGCACAUUAUUUCUAAUCCCGCAGUAAAAAGGAGGGUGGUAUAAAAGAUUUCUUUUCUCUUUCCUUCUUUUCUAUCAAUUCUUUUUUUUUUUCUUUUUUAUUGGUACACAUGCGCAUUUAUUUAAUAUCCUUUCUACUUUUACUAUUAUAUACUCUCAACGUUUUAGCCAAAGGCGGAGGAGGUGGUGGUGGAGGUGGAAGAGGUGGUGGUGGUGGUGGAGGCAGUAGUAGUGGUGGAAGUCGUGGAGGAGGUAGUAGUAGUGGUGGAAGUCGUGGAGGAGGUACUAGUGGUAGUGGUGGUGGUAGUAGUGGUAGUGGGACUGGUAGAGGUUCUACUCCUGCUGGUGCUCGUUCACCUGGUGGUGGCAUUACUGCUGGUGGUGGCUCUGGUUCCUUCUCUUCCAAACCUAGUUACAGUUCUUCCACUUCAAGACAAACCUACAAUAGUUACAGUCCCACUUAUUCUGGAACUUAUGGUAAUGGAUAUCAUUCUGGUUAUGUUGGUCGAUACACUCCUGGUUUUCCUUACUUUUUCAUUGUUCCUUCGUUUAUGUUUAUGGGUUACUAUGGAGCUUAUCAUCGAUUCAACAGUCAAGGCGCUUACUAUGCACCGGAAAUCAACUCUCAAGGUACUGGCAGUACAAAUUUAUUGAUCAAUGGAACAGCUUAUCCUGAUGACAACGACAAUUAUCAUUACACUAUUAAUGCUACAGCUCGCAGUGACCAAUUCCCAACCAUUGAUAUGGGAUUUUUUGAUUCAUCCGAUUUGAACGCACAUCCUGCUGACUUUAUUUACCGUUUGACUAUGGCUCAUGUAUUGGAAUACGAUGAUGUUAAUAAUAAUGGAUUUUAUGAUGCUCAAGAACCUAUACUAGCCAUCAGCUCCUUACAGAAAAUCAAUUGGCAACCUAUGAUAUUGAAUAACCGAACAGUACCUACGAAUACGCAACAAACCUAUUUGGAAACAGUGACAGCUGCCAAUAUUACUUACAAUAAUACGAAUACUUCACCAACAACAGCAACUCAACCAACCUUUGGUAUCAGUAUGACUCUUCGGUUCAGUAAUCUUCAAUUAAAUGGUACAGCAUCCAUUCCUAUCCAACCCAACUCUGUACAAUACGAUGUCCAACUUCAAAAUUAUCCUGCUGUGGCAACUGGAACCAAUGGCGCUGUUCAUCCUCGUGUGGCUCUUGCUCAAGUAGUGACAACCAAACCUUUUACUAAUGUAGUAAUGGAUGUAAAUACAACUACACCUGUGAAUGUAGCUCAACAAAUCAAGACAAAUGUGACAUAUGGUGCAUCUAUCGGUAAUUAUUCGGAAGGACGUUUGGAAUAUCAACCAUCGGUAACCAUUACAAACAUGGCCGGUAUCAGUACAUCCACAUGGACAAACCUCAUGGAUCCUGCUCAAGUCAACCGUUUGAAUGAUCCUGGUUCCUGGGCUUGGGGUGAUAAUUUGGGUGUUGAUCAACGCAACAGUAUUAUGUCUCUAGUUACUUUCAACAAUCAGUCAUCACAAUCUUAUCAACUCUCUGGAUUAGCUUAUUUGGAUACCGAUAUUAUCAGUUCUGCUAUCAAUGGUGGAUCAUCUUCUACGUUUAUUUCUUCAAGUUCAAGAUUAUUGGUACAAGGAACAAGUAUUUGUACUCUAUUAGUACUUUUAUUCUUUUCCUUUUAGAUUGAUUUAGUUUAUAUAAUUAUUAUGUAUUUUUAUUAUUAAAAAAAAACUUUUUAUUACUUUU